UUCGAACUCGAAGGCUCCUUUUGAUCUGCUUCUUCCUCAAAUCUCAGUAUCUCACUGUAGGGUUUUUAGGGGUUUUCUCUCUCUCUCUCUGCAAUCAUGGAGUCUCUAGGGAAGCUACAUCUUCAUCAGCAACCAAAUCACCUCUCUUUCACUCACUUCUCUUCAUCUUUCCCUAAAACACCUUCGUCUUUCUCUCUCAGAUCCUUACCCAAAUCAACAUCAUCCUUGAAAUGCGUUUCAAUCAAAGCUUCAUCAUCCAAAUCCCAAGACUCGAGGCUCUCAUUCCUCAAAUCCACCUGCGUCACCUUCACUGCUGCAGCGGCACUGUUCCUUGUGAAUCUCCAGCUCAAACCUUCUCCGGCGAUUGCGGCUCCUGUGGCGGCGACACCGUCAGUGGAAUCUCUUAAACAGAGUAACAACGGAGAUGUUUCAUUGGAAGAAGAAGAGAGAUCGCUCGAAGAUCAUCUUGCUUCUCACCCUGAAGAUGUGGAAGCUCUACGAUCUUUAAUGGAGGUAAGGAUCAAAUCUAGAAAGCUUAUAGAAGCUAUUGAAUUGAUUGAUAGGUUGAUUGAAUUGGAACCAGAGGAGAAGGAAUGGCCAAUUUUGAAAGCUAAUAUCUUUAGUUACAGUGGAGAUUUAGAGUCUGCUAAAACUGGUUUUGAAGAGAUUCUAGUUAAGGAUCCGCUUCGUGUCGACGCUUAUCACGGCUUAGUUAUGGCUUAUUCUGAUUCCGGUGCUGAUUUGAAUGCGGUGGAGGAGAGAAUUGAGGAGGCAAUGGUGAGGUGCAAGAAGGAGAAGAAUCGUAAGGAUUUGAGGGAUUUUAAGCUACUAGUGGCGCAAAUUCGGGUUAUUGAAGGGAAGCAUAAUGAAGCAUUGAAGUUGUAUGAGGAGCUUGUGAAGGAAGAACCGAGAGAUUUCAGGCCGUAUUUAUGUCAAGGGAUUAUAUACACAGUGUUGAAGAAGCAAGAUGAGGCGGAGAAACAGUUUGAGAAGUUUAGGAGACUUGUCCCGAAGAAUCAUCCUUACAGAGAGUAUUUUAUGGAUAAUAUGGUUGCUACGAAGCUCUUUGCGGAGAAAGCACAGCGAGAGAUGGCGGGAUGAUUUUGUCUUACAAAAUGGUAGUCGGCUUGAAUGUGAUUUUGUUGGUCUUUUCUGUUGCGAAUGAUUUUAGAUGGUUGUAGUCAGUAGUUUGAGCAUGGAUUUAUAUCGUGAUCGUGUGUUGUAGCAUCAAUCGAAUACUCAAUAUGGGAAUCUUGAAUUGCUUGCACUGUUUUUUGA